AUGAUGGCAGGACGAUUAUCUCGCGUGUCAGAGUACAGUGUAAGUGAGAUGGCACCAGUUUCUACCGAUAUAAUAAACCAGAAUCUACUGAAAACAGAACAACAGCAGCAACCAAUGACUACAACGGUCCAAAUUCAUUUACUUCCCGAACCAAAACGUCAUCCGUUAAGGCGUGAAUCAUUUCUCAAUAUCAGCGGUGGCAGUGGAGAUCCAAAUUCAAUGUGGCCGUUUAAAAUUGAUUUUAAUUUUUUGCGACAAACAAGUCAAAACAGUGAUCGAUCGAACAUUUAUUCUCACUAA